CCAGGGCUGAAAACCCGACUGUGAGGGUUACAGAAGGCCAGACGCGAAACCUGGGGUUUUCAAUCAACUCCUAAACUCAUGCACGUGAAAGUUGAGCGUGGAAUAAGAAAGUACUGUGGAUUUCCAAACAACCACCACCAUCCCCCGCAAGAUAAAAAAAGAAAAACACCUGUCCUGGGAGAAGACAGACCAGAAUGCUUGGUGGCAAGAUGGGAGUCUUCCCCAGAAAAGCCUUGGCCACGAAGUUCUGAGGUGGAUUAUCACCGGAACAUCGCUGGCUUGUAAGAAGAGCCAAGAGAGCACCCUGCUCAGUGAACGAAUGAAGAAAAGCCUCAGUGGGACGCCCACCUAGGAAUACUCACUGGCCUCGAAAUGCCUCUCUACUAUUAAGAGCAAUUUGAUUGUGCCCUUCAACUGGUGAGGAGGUGAACAGACCGUAGACCAUGCGGUCAAUGGGACACCACUCCACAGUCCGGAGGAGUCACUGAUUCAUUCAGGAACAACAUGGUCUCCCUGAAGAAUGACCCACCAGGCUGUCCCUCUAGCACUGAGACCUUAGUGCAGCAAAGGAGCCGGCAACUUCCCCAGUAGGAGGACAGUCAGUGGUCCACACUGGCCCCCCCAUCAUGGUCACCCUGACCAACAAGGCCAUUUCCUUUGGCUGCAAAAUCACCUACCCAUACACCCCAAGGUACAAGAGCUUCAACGUUAGCUACUUCCACAUGGACCGCCAGAGCCAGAGGAGCCCCAAGAAGCAUUCUGACUGCCAACCCAGCCAGGGCAGAGAGAACCAGACCCACACCGUGGAAUGCCGGAUCACCGUCCUGCUACUGGAGGCGUCUGCCACCGGCACCUACUACUGCUCAGUCCAGUGGCCAAAGGACAUCAAAGUUGGCAAUGGCACCUUCAUCCUGGUCCGAGACUCAGGCUACCGGGAGCCCCCGAGGACCUCCCAGCGGCUCCUGCUGUUGAGUUUCACUGGCCUCCUGGCUGUGCUCAGUGUCCUGGGCACUGCUCUGCUGCUCUGGAAGAAGAAACAGAUGCAGGUUGGAGGGAAGCAACCAGCCAGCAGGUCCAAGCAGCCUCCAUCGGAAUCCAUUUACACGUCCCUGCAGCACCGUGAGACGCAAGUCUACGCCUUCAUCGAGAGCGAGGCCAGCAACCCACCCUCCACAAGAAGCCCUCUCUCCCAGAAGGAGGGGCCCAGAGUCAACACCGAGGAGGAGCUUGGCCUGGUCUAUGAAAAUCUCUAGGGCGAGGUCUUGCCCUGGGUCAGAGACACUGGAGCCACCCCUGUCCCCAAAGGUCUGGGACAGAGGCAGCAAGAGGGCCUGGGGGUACUCCAUCCCCUCCCCCCGCCCCUCUCCUGCUCCCAAGGCCCUUCCUGCCGGGCCUGCCCUGCCCUCUGUGCACCCAGCCCCUCCAGAGGACUCUUCAGCAUCUCUGUGCCUUCUCCAGGCUGGCCCCACUCCCCAGCCCGGUGGACAAAGCCCCAAUUCCAUCUCCAAGGGCCACCAGCUCCCCAAGCCCAACUCACACUUCCAUGCCCCAAGGAACUGUCUCGGCAUCAUUCUUCACCCCUAGCCUGUAUUUGGGGCAUCCCGCCCCUAGAUGGACUGGGGGCUCCAGGCGGGUGCCAUGUGGCCAGGACUGGGUGAGCGAGCAGGGAGGAGGUGGCAAAUAAAUAGUGACAAUGAA